UAUACCUAUAAAUAGGGUCUCAGUGUACUAAUUGAAUCUUUGUAGUUCGAAAGAAACAAAUCAAAUUUGGACAUGGAUUCCAAAAUACAGCUGAAUAUCAACACGAAAUGUGGUUGCAGUAUAAACAUAUUUCUUCGUGAUAUUAUGGAAGCAGGCCUUAUGUCAGUGAUAGAAAGUAUAACAACAGAUAUAUUGGCUUCUUUGACCAACAAAAAGUUAUUUGGAAACUAUGUACCGAAUUAUAUUUUUGUGUUCGGAGAUCCGUUCAAUCUGGCGCAGGGUUCAAAGAUCCACAAAACAUACAGCAUGCUUAUGCAAAAAGCGAUUGAUGACGGCGUAUAUAUUAAACAAAAAGAUACAAAGACAUUUGUACUAAGAGAAUCAUUUUUCCAAUUACCGGAGACGUUUUUAUCUGGAAAAAAGCCUUACAUCUUUGAAAGGUUUGUGACUGGAACUUUGUGCCAAGCACCAAACAAUACAUACGGGAUGCGGAUUUUAUCAAUGUCAAGCGCUUUGAUACCUUUCACCCGAAUAAACAGUGAUGGUGAUAUCAAAAAUACAAUUUCAGGUGAUGAUAGUUAUUUGAUGUCCAAUUAGAAAUGGUUCGAUUAGAAAGUUUAACCGGUACUGUUCCGGACAAGUAUGCUCUAUUGCACGGCGACACUCCUGGUAGGAAUGAUUACAUAUUUAGUAUUCAUUUGACGUCUUAUGCUAUCAGAGAAUUUGUGGUAGAAUUUGAGCAAAGUAGCAAUGUUUUAUCAAUCAAAUUAUCAAAGGGAUGUAUAGGCAAUUUCAAUGACUAUAUUCAUAAACCUUAUUACGAAACCCUAAAUAUCCUCGAGCCAUUGACACUUGCUUAUAUUUAACAUAUCACUGCUUCAAUAAAAUCAACCUAUUUUUAAACCACCG